AUGGGUCGGAACGAUUGGCUCAUUGCACUCGCGCCCAUCCGACUGAUCAGUGCAGGUGGGUUCCUUGCGGUGUUGUAUCUCAAAAAUCGCGAGAGUAUGGGCGAUGUCGAUUAUUUGAUUGAUCCGGCAUUUGCCGAGGACAAGAGAAAACUACACUUUCCGAAUGGCUGGAUCAACGAAGCAAUGGCGAUUUUAGUCACGAAGAAAGCCCAAGAGGCCUUGUUUAAACUAUCAGGGAAACAGGAUAUCACCCUGUUUAUAGGAGAAGACCUCGAGAUUCUGGCGGCUCCGAUCGAAUGGGCUCUAGAGCGCAAAUUGAGGAGGAUAUAUGCUGCGCAGCGGGAUGGAAUGGCGGAUCUAGAUCUGUCGGAUGCAGUUGCUCUUUUGAAGCAACUAAGAGCCCGGAAAUGA